AUGAUAGAAACAGAUAAUGAAGCUGUAAGCGACGGGGCAAUGAAUGAAGAAUCCGGCAGCAAAGGGAUACGUCGUCAUGAAUCAUCAUCACGACGGCAGAAAGAAUCGGCAGCAGCUGAAAGCAAUCACGACAAUCUCUCCUCAGAAGAGCUACAGGAAGAAUCAAAGCAAGACGAAGAUAUCAGAACUGAGCAACUAUUGCAACGCAGACAUGGUCGAAGCAAACGACGAGUGAAGGAUGAUACUAUUAGACCAUCAUCAGCAUCAGCAUCAGCAUCAGCAUCAUCAACACCAACAGUAGAUCCUCGAGAAACCAAUCAAAGCCAAUCGUCCAAACGACGGCACAAUAAGAGCCAUCGUCAACGCCGAGAAAACAGUCGAGGAAUUUCAGAACGCUCCAGAUCGAAGCGCCGCCACAAGAGUACCCGAGCGCUGACAGAAGAAAGUACCAUUGAAGAUAAUGAUGCUCAGACGACACAGGACAAUUCUUCGGAUGAUACUCGUCCCCUUGACAUCUUGAGCGACAUUCGAAACUAUGGAGCCUGGGAAGACGAAGAAGAAGCGAAUAAGACAGGGAAAAAGAAGAAAAAGGAAAAGAAGCAAGGGGGUGAUGACGACAGUGAUGAUCCUUCACAAGGAUUCUUGACCAAGAAACGGGUAUGGAUUCUUAUUAUUUGCUUGGUCAUGAUCAUUGGAGGUGGGCUAGCCUACCUCUUUUUGAAUCAUUCUCCUAAUACAGCCACUGCGGAAGACUUGGAGGCCUCAGAGAAGACAACUCCUACACUUGCUUUAGUCACCGAAGAAUUGGAAGUUAGUCCGUCGGCGACCCCAGACAUGUUCUUAUUUCCAAGUUCGAGUCCGAGCCAAGCACUGAUAUACGAUCCGCCAUCACAGGAAGAUUGUCUGGCAAUUAGUAAUGGAGAACUAAUACUCGGACAAGAAGAAUUGCCGAUUGAAACUCUGUACAUUGACAUGGAUGUCACCUUGAGUUCUGCCAACAGUGGCAUGGGAAUGACAGAUACUCCUAGUAUGACGCCCACGUUGUCUCCAUCCAUUCCACCUUCCCAAUUGCCUACCAAUCAACCUUCAAAGAAGCCAACCCAAUCCCCAUCCAAUCUAACCACUCCGUCUCCUACCAGCCCACCAUCCCUACUCCCGACAGCAAAUCCAACUCGGCCACCCACUCGCAAUCCAACGCCUCCUCCUACGGAGAGCUCGGUGCAAACUAGUGCACUAACCAGUCCACAGGAAAUUGUCAGUUCCAAUGGAAUUCUAUCCACUUCGUUGAACAUUAUCGAACGAUCCGUUACGAUUCCAAACAGCAAUAUUCGAAUCAAUGGACGACUGUUGGGUGGUCAGUUUCCAGGCCCGACCUUGCGGCUUCGGGCUGGAGAUACCCUCCAGAUUGACUUUUCCAACGAUCUUUCCGACCAAGGGUUGUCCUACGUGCACAAUCGAUACUCGGGAAUGGACGAUUCCAAUCUGCAUUUUCAUGGGCUCUUUGUCAGUGGUGAAUUGCCAUCGGACGAUGUGACCAUGCAUGUUUCUCCUGGGGAAUCCUACCCUUAUUCUACGGUUCUGCCACCCGAUCAUAUGGGAGGUACCUUUUGGAUGCAUCCCCAUCGUCAUGGAGCCACAGCUCUUCAAGUUGGUGGCGGAGCCAAUUCUGCCAUUAUCAUCGAGGAUGAAGAUGGAACACUGCCCUCGGAGGUGGAAAAUGCAAGAGAAGUCCUUUUCAUUGCCCACUACUUCAACGUCGAAGAGUUAGAACGGGUCGCUCGAAUUGCGGGGGACAGAGUGUUUUCAAUCCGUGGCAACUCGGACAAUGAAUUUGUGACCGUGAAUGGACAACUGAAUCCGACCAUUGAAGUAGAUGCUGGUGAAUGGUUCCGCUUGAGGGUAAUCUGGGUCAACUUUCUCGAAGGUGACUUGGAUCUUCGAAUAAGGAACUGUGAAAUGCAGCUUCUUGCCAAAGACGGGGUCUAUAUUCGAGAUUAUCCGCGACAAAUCUUUGAGGCGCAAGUUCCAUCAGGAGGCAGAGCCGAUAUCAUGGUCCGAUGUCCCGACCCUUCGACGACGUAUGAAAUUGCGGGAAUUGAAGGUGGCUUUGCCACCAUUCGAACGUCGAGUACAGAUGUGAACAGCGCAUCCCUUCAGUCUUGGAGCCCCAGCUACCCGGAUUACCUAACUGAUUUGCGAAAUACGGCUGCUAGUAGUGGCUGCAGCUGCGGUACAUCUCUUCGGGGAACAUCGGUGAACGGACGAUCAUACCCAUCCUCGGAGUCUUACCUUCAUCAAUCCUACAUUGGAGCGGUUGUGCAGCGAAAUGUUGAAGCGGUCCAGCACCCCUAUCAUCAGCAUGUGUAUCCGUUUCAGCUGGUAAGCGGAAGUUCCAAUAGUUACUAUGCCAUUGGAGAUUGGCACGAUGUGGUGAAGGGUAGAUUCAGCGUCCGGUAUUCAACUGAUCGAUAUUCUGGAAAGCUAAUGAUUCACUGCCACCGUCUUGUCCACGAAGACCGAGGCAUGAUGGCGAUGGAGCAAGUCCUUGAAUCUGGAAGCUGCAUUUGUAACUAUAGCUGA